GUCAAAACAGGUUGUAGAAUAAUCUUCCAACACGACACUGUGUGACAGCGCAACCAGGAAAUUCUUUUUAGGUUUCUCUGGUUGCUGAGUUACAGGAGGUUUGGCAGAUGAAGUACUGUCAAUAUAUAGCAGUCUGGUUUUCAGAAAGCAUGUACAGCCACAAAGAUAAGAGAAAGCAAAUCAUUACUGACUUUGUAAAGAAAAACUGCAUCAAUGGGUAUCCUCCUAAGCAGGCUUCACCAAGCAAUAAUGAACUUCUCUGGCACUAAUGCUCGGAUCAUAAUGCUGGGUCUGGACGCUGCUGGAAAGACUACAAUUCUAUAUAAGCUAAGGUUCAAUGAGGCCGUCUGUACAAUCCCCACUAUUGGGUUCAAUGUUGAGACUGUUGAACCCAUUCAGAACGUGACCUUCACUGUUUGGGAUGUAGGAGGCCAGGACAAGAUUCGAGUCCUGUGGAAGCACUAUUUUCAAAACACAGAUGGCCUUGUUUUUGUGGUGGAUAGCGCUGACCCUGAGCGAUUCAAAGAUGCCCGUUCAGAACUAGAAUCCAUCUUGGAAGCUGAUGAAAUGAAAGGAGUACCCUUCUUAGUACUUGCUAAUAAGCAGGAUGUUUUUGGUGCCAGGAGACCUGGUGAACUGGUGGAGGAGUUGGGGCUGAGGAGCCUAAGAGGACACCAAUGGCAUGUCCAGGGAUGCUGUGCCACCACUGGUGACGGGCUUGUGGGGGGUCUGGAGAUCCUCACCAACUUUGUGAAAGAGUUCAAGAAAAGAAAGCCCUACUGAGAUGAAAAAUACAUAUUUGUCUAUGGUCUCCAAACAACUCUGGAAUACCUUCAACAACUCUGCAACUAUGACUCUGUAUUACAUUGCACAAAAGCCCUGUUAGUGACUCUUUGAUUCUUCAGUCACUGUUACCAUUCCAGGUCUUCCAUCACAACUAUUAAUGGGACAAAAAUCUGUUUUAAUAGUGCCAGUUUGGACACAUAUAAUGAUUAAGGAUAAUGACACGGAUGAGGACCCCAGGUAGUGCUUCUUCUUCUUCACUUGUCUAAGACAGAUGACUUAACAGAACUACACAUAUUCCUACAGGAUCCAAAACUGAUAUCCUUAGACAAGUAAUA